AUGCUCGCCUCCAUCACUCAGUUUGCGCUCCUUCUCCAGGAUUUGGCUGUCGCGGCGCUGGAUACCAUAAGAGACCUGCUCACCGCGACUUCCAGCGUUGCGGGAAAUAUGUGGAACACAGCCUUAAAUCGCGCAGCCGUAGAGUUCCCCACCACAGCCUUCAUCCCUGGUAUGUUCCUAGGGUAUGCCGACGCUAUCGUGGCGUUUACUAUUAAACUCGAGCUCGUGCUGCGCCUGGUCCUAGAUGAGCCAACCGCCAAGUUCGCCAUGUUCUUAAUAUAUACGGCACUGAUGUUCAACCUGUACCUGCUUGCUCGCGGUACGUAUAAUAUCGAGACUACGACGCUGAAGACGAUUUGCACCAUCAUCCACGGACUUUUUCUCGCGGUCUGCUUAGUCUACACCAUGAUUCGACGCGGCCUUUGGCUGAUCUUCUGA